CUUCAUGUUUAAUUUUUAAAUAUUAUUUUUUUUCUUUUACUAUUACCUUAAACAACAUGUUUAAAUGCGAACAGUGUCCGUCGGUUUUCAUACGUAAAGAUAAUUUAGUGAGACAUGGAAAAAUUCACGAUGGUGUUCGUUUCACGUGCACUAUCUGCGCGUCAUCGUUCAGUGUCAUGUCAAAUCUUAAGAGGCAUGAGAAAAAUACUCAUGGCAUCGUUCAGGCUCAUCGUCAGCCUGCACCGGUUGUUGCUCAACCCACUCGACAGAGUGUCAUACAGUUCGCGCCUCGCGUUGCCUCACAGGGCGACAUACAGAUUCCCCCUCAAAUUUUCAUCCCUGAUAUCCCAGCUGAUGGCUCGAACAUGGUAUCCGAGGACGAGAUUUGCAUGGCAGCUAUGGAAGAAUUUGAAAAAGUUCAAGACGAUAAUACAGGUUAG